CGAGGGACUCACGUGUGGGUUUGUUUUGAAUGGGCUUUGCUUGACAGUUCUUCAGUCCAUGUAAAUAAUUUGAGCACCGUCUUAGUUUAAAACUCCGUAUAUUGGAAAUAUGUUGCCCGCGGAAGGCUUCACGUGUUUCCCUCGACAGACGUGGGAAAAGGUGCUGUCCAAAAUAAACAAGGCUGUUGUUUUCAUGGAUGACCGCUGCAUGGAAAGUCUGCAUUGGACCGGUGGCGCGUCGCUUCUGUUCGACGCCGGCGCUCGCAACAUCAAACAGCUCUCGAGCUUUGAAUCAGGCGGAGAAAACGAUCCGAAAGCUGCGUUUGUGGUGAGCACCGUGCUGAAAGGCAGAACGGCAGACAUUAUCAAAGACAUCAUUUCUCUCAGCAGCUUCCGGUACUGUGUGGUUUUCACAUCGGUCCCUCACUCCGUUCACCUGCUCGGGAAUAACCUGACCGGGGAUCUGGAGGGCAACACUGUGUUUGAGCAGUUUGAGGAGAAACUGUGCGAGUGGAUGGGCGAUAUGAACUACACUGCUGAGGUCAUGCAUGCUCCUGUGGUCUUUGCACCCCUGAGCCAGCACCUCCAUCUCCUGCCAGCUUUCUCUGAUCUGUUUCCCUUACUGGAUGUCGACCUUGAGACCAUCAACAAAAAGAAGCCGGAGAAAAGGCGAUUCGGGAGUCUUGUGGAUGUGGAUAUGCACUCCCUCACACCUGAGUUGCAGAUACAGAUUAAAUGUCUUGCAUCGGAUCUAAAUGCAUUGUUUGAGUUUAUCAAUACACGCGAGGAGAGCUUCUCAGUGGGUCCCAUGAGCCGUCUGAUAGCUGGAGAGCUGGCCAAUCUUCCACAGGCAAAAAACAGGAGGAAAGCGGCCCCGAACAAAGCAUCAAUUGUGUUUGUUGACAGAACUCUUGAUCUUACAGGGGCUGUUGGACACCAUGGUGACAAUCUCGCAGAGAAAAUCCUUUCAGUUUUGCCACAGUUGCCAGGUCAUGUGACUGACGUUCAGGUGGACAUGCUUGAGCUCACACACCUGAAGCCCACAGACACACAGAGCAUCUUGGCACCUGGCUGCUUGGCACAGAACCAGUCUCCCACAACGCGGUUGCUAUGGGAAACAAUGCUGGUUGCUAAGCAAAAGGAGGCGGUUAUGGAGGUAAGGAGGCAACUGGUGGAGGCGGCCAGCAAAGAGAAUCUGCCAAUCAAAAUGAGUCUAGGGCGGGUCACAGCCGAACAGCUCUGUUCGUAUGUUCAGUUGUUUCGGGAAAGUUGGGAGGCACUAGAGAGUCACAGUGGAGUUCUGCAGCUGGGACUGGCUGCCGCUCAAACACUCCGGCACCCCACCCUCUCUCGCUGGGACGCCUGCCUCGCUUUUGAGAGACUCCUUCUGCAGGCCUUGGGGGACUCCGACCUGGCAGAAGUUCUGAAGCAGCUUCUCCCCCUCAUCAAGUCUGGCGAAUCUGAAACGGGUUCAGACUCCAGUGAGCUCAGCAUGGAUGAUCUUCUGGUGUUACUGGUCUAUGUGUACUCUUUGGCCCAAGAAGUGUGUCCAAGUGGUGCUGAAGAAGGUGAGCGUGUGGAAAAGAUGGAAAAGGAGUUGAUCGGAGCCCUGACCCUAAGACUCACCCAGGAGACGAAACUGAGCCCUUUACUGCAAGAUAUCACAGGUGUCUCCAGCCCUGAAGAACUGACAAUGGAACGAGCUCAUUCUGCCUUGGAGAACGUGUUUGAGACGCUGAGGGGAAUCAGUCAUGCCCGAGACCACCUGAAGCAGUUCAGCUCUGUGUACAACCCCAGUGACGGAGUACAUCAGGCUACGUACCGCCCGUUCCUUAAACAGGUGCUAGAGGAGAUCUUCCACCCAGACAAACGUGAAUGCGCAGAUAUUGAGCACAUGUCGGGGGGACUCACUGACCUUCUCAAGACUGGCUUCAGCAUGUUCAUGAAGGUUAAUCGGCCCCAUCCAAGCGAUCAUCCGCUCUUGUUUCUCUUUCUGGUGGGUGGAGUUACGCCAUCAGAACUCCGCCUCAUCCGUGAAGUUGUUUCCAACCAUAAGUCUGGCACUCAGGUACUAGUAAUGGCCACUAGAUUGCUGAAACCCUACGAUGUUCCCCACUUACUGUUCAACACAGACAGACUCAAACCUGACAUCGGAGUGUGAAGACACUGACCGCACUCACUUCCUUGGCUGCUGAAAGUGUGAAAGCUUUCAGUCCAACUUAAGUUCACCUUUAGUGUGUCUGGGUUUCUGACGUAUAGGAUUAAUCAUUAAUUUGUGUUUUGCAUAUCUCACAACAUCCCAUUCCAAAAUGUUUUGCUUUUGCUGGAUAAGACCAACAAAUCUCAAAGAUUUAUUUCUUUGAAUAAAGUGUUUAUGAUUGGCCCUACAUUCAAAUGUGUGUGAGCAUGAGUUCAGUGAAUGGUUGUCGUUAUUUUUCACACAGUCAGCACAGUGUAAAUCCUGCGCAUUUCACUCUCUAACAUAUGUGAUGAAAAUCUGCGCACACAGUAACUUUUUCAUAGUUUGGGCAACAGAUUGAACAGAUUUGCAGAGUUUGAUGCUUGCGGUUUCUUUUCUCAUCUUUCAGUCGAUUUAGCACUGUUGUUGAGCGUGUUAGUAGACAGGACAUGACAGAUGGAAAGAGGGCAGAGGUCAAAAAAGGGUGUGGACAUCUUUUAGAGCUGAUAUCUCUUUUCUUCACUCACUUGCACACUUAGAGGUUUCAUUCAGACCUGAUCAUCCCUAUGCUCUAUUAAGGCUUUAUCCUUCACUGUGAGCCAAGACGCUGUGCAUCUGAAGUAUAACAUGCAUUGCAUUUUUUAUUCAGUGUUUGGAAGUUUGUUUAAACGAGCUAACAACAUAGGAAGUCAUUAAGAAGUUCUGAGUUUGUGGUGUCUAUUAAAAGGGCUUCAUUUUGUUGUCUUUAAUGAUCUAAAACACAGUUCCUAAGCAAAUUUGUAUUUGAAGCAAAAAAAAUUGUUUUGGUAGUGCAUUUACGGAUUGUAAUGUGCCUUAGAUCAGUCUUUAAUGUAUGGCAUAGGAUAGACCAGGGAUGUUUGUAAGCAUAUUUUAAUGGGAUAAAUGACGUAAUCUGUGCAUAUUUGUAUGUUACCAUUGAAUUGAUAUGAUGCUUGAAAAAAAUUCUAAACCAAUACAAUAUUUUUUCUUAGAAAGUCUUUAUUUCCCCGUCACAAAAUGUUCAAAUAAAUAAAUAACUCUGAGCUCUA